AUGGACCAUAUUGAUCCUGUGUUAUUAAAUGUGACGGUUGACAGUGAUGGUUAUGACAGCGAUAGCGAUGAGAGUAAUUGCGACGACAGUAAUAACGAUGAUGUUAAUAUGCAAUGUGGUCAAGAAACGCGAGUUAUUCCGAGACUGCUCCAAAUGCGAUUCCAUUGGCUGAAAUCCGAGAAGGAAUCGGUGCGACUUGAACAAGCCGGCAUCACAAAAAACGUUCUAGACUCGGCCAUAGCCGCCUUUACUCUGGAAAUUAUUGCCAAACAUGGAGAACCCGCUCCGAGAUUGUGUAAUAAGGAUCCGUUGACCAUAAAGGUAAGAUAA